UACCUACUUCCCAUUGCUUCUCCACCUCACUGUGUAGACUGUCCAGAGCUCAGAAGCUCAUAUUCACCUCCACUGUUACCUGUCGACUCAAAAAUACAUUGCGGCACUGCGCACGAACCCUUCAAACCGUCCACCUCACCGCCUGCCCGCGAUGGCACAAGCCAACCCCAACGCGAUCAACGUGAACGACCCGGGGCUCAUCACUCUCGUCAACAAGCUGCAAGAUGUCUUUACUACAGUCGGCGUGCAAAAUCCGAUCGAUCUGCCUCAAAUUGCGGUGGUAGGAUCGCAGUCCAGUGGAAAGAGUUCGGUGCUAGAGAAUAUUGUGGGAAGAGACUUCCUCCCCCGAGGAACAGGUAUCGUGACCAGAAGACCGCUGAUCCUCCAACUGAUCAACCGAACCCCCUUCAAACCUUCGGAUAAACCGCAAGAAAAUGGCGCAACAGGUGGAGAUGCGGUGGAAGGCACAGACGAUAAGGAGGCCAACACAAGUGAAUGGGGAGAGUUCCUGCACAUUCCUGGCCAGAAGUUUUACGACUUCGGCAAGAUACGAGAUGAGAUUGUCAAGGAGACGGAGAGCAAAACAGGUCGUAAUGGCGGCAUCUCGCCUGCACCGAUCAACCUGCGAAUCUACUCGCCAAAUGUUCUCACCCUCACGCUCGUUGACCUGCCUGGUCUGACGAAAGUCCCAGUUGGCGAUCAGCCUAGGGAUAUCGAGAGACAGAUCAGGGAGAUGGUCCUCAAGCAAAUCUCCAAGCCAAAUGCGAUCAUCCUGGCAGUCACAGCCGCCAACACCGAUUUAGCCAACUCCGAUGGGCUGAAGCUUGCAAGAGAAGUCGACCCAGAGGGUCAGCGGACGAUCGGUGUCCUUACAAAGGUUGAUCUCAUGGACGAGGGCACAGAUGUGGUAGAUAUCCUGGCAGGCCGGAUCAUCCCACUGCGGUUGGGCUACGUUCCAGUGGUGAAUCGAGGACAGCGUGAUAUCGAGACCAAGAAGGCCAUAUCAUACGCGCUGGAGAAUGAGAAGAAUUUCUUUGAAAACCACCGAGCGUACCGCAACAAAGCAUCUUACUGCGGAACACCGUACUUGGCGAGGAAGCUCAACCUGAUCUUGAUGAUGCAUAUCAAGCAGACACUUCCCGACAUCAAAGCGCGCAUCGCGGCCUCCCUCGCGAAAUACUCCGCCGAGCUCGCUCAGCUUGGCGACAGCAUCCUCGGGGAUGCUUCGAACAUCAUUCUCAAUGUGAUCACGGAGUUUUCGAAUGAAUACCGAACGGUACUGGAAGGACACAGCGCAGAACUUUCGUCUGUCGAACUCUCGGGUGGUGCUCGCAUUGCUUUUGUCUACCACGAGCUAUACAACAAUGGAAUCAAGGCAGUGGAUCCCUUCGAUCAAGUUAAGGAUAUCGACAUUCGAACAAUAUUGUACAACUCCUCGGGAUCUUCACCGGCGCUGUUUGUUGGCACCAUGGCUUUCGAGGUCAUUGUGAAACAGCAAAUCAAGCGAUUGGAAGAGCCGUCCCUCAAGUGCGUUAGCUUGAUUUACGAUGAGCUGAUCAGAAUACUGGGACAGCUCGUAAACAAGCCAAUGUACCGACGUUAUCCCGCGCUCAAGGAGAAGUUGCACGCCGUGGUGGUCGGCUUUUUCAAGAGGGCCAUAGAGCCGACCAACAAGCUUGUCAGGGACCUGGUCGCCAUGGAGGCAUGCUAUAUCAAUACGGGCCAUCCAGACUUCUUGAAUGGACACCGUGCUAUGGCCAUUGUUAAUGAGAAGCACAACGCUGCGAAGCCUGUCCAGGUCGACCCCAAGACGGGCAAGCCACUGCCUCUUUCCGCACAGCCACCCCGAUCAGCAAGCCCCAGUCUGGACAUGAGCAACGGCGACGCUGGCUUCUUCGGGUCAUUCUUCGCGAGUAAGAACAAGAAGAAGAUGGCAGCCAUGGAGGCGCCUCCACCUACGCUGAAAGCGUCGGGUACGCUGAACGACAAGGAAUCGCAAGAAGUCGAAGUGAUUAAGCUCCUCAUCGCAUCAUACUUCAGCAUUGUGAGGAGAACGAUGAUCGACAUGGUCCCGAAGGCAAUCAUGUUGAACCUGGUCGAACGCACGAAAGACGAAAUGCAGCGGGAACUCCUCCAACACCUGUACGGGAUGCAGGAAAAUAGUGACCUGCUCAAAGAGAGCGACUACACGACCAAGAGGCGUAAGGAGUGUCAACAGAUGGUGGAGUCACUGGGUCGUGCGAACGAGAUUGUCAGCCAGGUACAGUAGUAUCUUUGAAGGUAAGUCUGCUCUACGGCGCGUGCAUGACGUUUGGAGUAGGCGUACGGAUAAAGAGAGGGAGAGGGAGAGAGAGGGAGAGAGAGAAAGAGAAAGAGGUAGCGAAACGGCUUUGUUCAGAGUAGAACAUGUCUUCCAGGUGGUGGGCAAGGCAGGCGUUGGUCUUGUGCAUUGAUAUAUCCGUGGUCUACCCUUGACCGGUAUAGGAUAUGUAUGUAUGUUGUGUGUCUGUGUGUGUGAGAGAGAGAGAGAGAGAGAAUGAAGAAGAACCUUAGAUACAUGUACCUUGGGUAUGCCGUUCC